AUGUGAGCCAUGACCCAUUAAGUAUAAGUGAAUUCUCCUCAGUUUAGCUUCUGCUGCAACAAAUAUUCAGAGAUGACAAAACUUCAAGUAGUAUCAACAUGUGUAAUUAGGUCCCAAAAAUCCAUAGAAAAAAAAAUCCAGUUAACUCCAUGGGACCUUCAACUCCUCACAGGGGAUUCUAUCCAAAAAGGAUUAUUUUUUCAUAAACCAAAUCUUCAGCAACAUAGAGAGUUGGCAAAAUCAUCAUCAGAAAUUAUCAAUCGCCUAAAAAUUUCACUCUCUGAUACUCUAAAUCAUUUUCCUCUCCUCGCAGGUCGACUUGUUGCUAGUAAAAACAGUGAUGACACCUUAUCUUUCUUUGUUGAUUGCAACAAUGAAGGAGCUGAAUUCACUUAUGUCACUGCACCUGAUUUGACUGUGGCUGAUAUCUUGGAACAAACUUACAUGCCAAAGAUUGUCAAGUCUUUCUUUCCACUCAAUGGAGUACGCAACUAUGAAGGUGUUUCGAAACCAUUGUUGGCCGUGCAAGUCACUGAGCUAGUGGACGGAUUCUUCAUUGGUUGCACUAUCAAUCAUUGUGUAGCGGAUGGGACUUCAUUUUGGCAUUUCUUCAAUUGUUGGUCUGAAAUAGCGCGCAAUGGCGAUUCCAAUCUUAUUGUUAAUAAACCGCCGGUUCUGGACCGUUGGUUUCCUGAAUUUGUUGCUAGUCCAAUUCAUGUACCUUUAUCUAAGGAACAUGUCCAUGAUGAAUUUGAUCUACCUUUGUUAGAAGAAAGAGUUUUCCAUUUUAGCAAGGAGAACAUAGCUCAACUCAAAGCCAAAGACAAUUCUGAAUAUGGAAACCACCAAAAGAUUUGUAUCUCUUCAUUACAAGCCGUUUUGGCUCAUCUGUGGCAAUCUGUUAUCCGUUGCCGUUGUGGUACGAACGCUGACGAAAAAUUUAGUUUCAAAUUACUUAUAGGUGCAAGGCCAAGGCUUCAGCCGCAUUUACCUGAAAGCUAUUUCGGAAAUGCUGUGCAUUUUGUGAACGUGACAACCACCGCUAGGGAGAUGUUGGAGCAUGAUUCAGGUUGGGCUGCUUUGCAAAUGAAUAAGGUGGUAUCCACCCAAACCCAUGAAGAGGUUAUGAAUUUUUAUCAAAGUUGGGUGAAGAAUCCAAAGAUAGUGAAAAAGAGUGAAGUGGUUGCUAAUAGCUUGAUUGCUAGCAGCUCGCCGCGCUUCCAUGUGUACGUUAAUGACUUUGGAUCGGGGAGACCCGUUGCGGUGAGAAGUGGCGCUGGCAACAAACAUGAUGGGAAAAUGACAAUCUUUUGUGGUGCAGAACAAGGAAGUAUCGACAUUGAAGCUUGUUUGACCCCUGAAACUUUGCAUGCCAUGGGACAGGAUACUAAAUUCAUGGGAGCUGUUAGUAAAAUUGAGAUCGUUUAAGCUAAUUACUUUAUUAUGUUUAUGGGGAUGGUUUAAUUUGAACUUCUUAUCACGAUUUGUUAAUGGAUUAUCUGUAUGGUGAUG